ACCUUGUCCAUAGCGCAUAGAAUGGCAAGCAACACGGUAGCAGUAGGAAACUGGGGUGGGCCCGGUGGUAAUGCAUGGAACGAUGGGUUCUACACUGGAGUUCGAAGUAUAGAGCUUACAUAUGGCAAUUAUAUUGGUACUUUCAAUGUGGUUUACGAUUUGAAUGGUAAAUCUUUUGAUGGGCCAAAACAUCCUAGUGUUCGCUCCCUCGCAACUGCAAAGAUUGAGUUACAAUUCCCAAAUGAGUAUUUGGUGAACGUGAGUGGAAUCGUCAAUAACGUAGCUGGUGCAAGCCCUACUCCAGUCAUACAAUCACUAACUUUCGAGACCAACCUGAGAACUUAUGGACCAUAUGGACCUAAACAAGGUGGCACUGCUUUUAGUCUCCCAAUUAAGAAGGGCUUAAUUGUUGGUUUCAGUGGAAGAACCGGUGAACUCCUUGAUGCCAUUGGCCUUAACCUGUCACUUUAA